AUGACCGACACAACUGAGAUUUCGUCUUCACGGCAAAAGCCUGUGUCCAAUGCGGGCCCCAGUGUCAACCCCGAACCCAACGCCCCUCGCCGAGAUGCCGACACACAGACACUGGAGGAAUUAGCUCGCGAAAAUGUUGCACCGUUUCUUGCCAGACACCAGCCAAGACAGUAUGCGCCGCUACGCUCGCAGGUGUCGAACCCCUCGGAGCAACGUCUUGUCAACUCCAGCUACUGUUACCGCCACCAGCCAGAUUCCAAGUGUGGCAGGCGACAAGCAGACGAGCAGUCCAUGACUCAGCUUCAAUCUGAACUGAACGGCCUUGCUCAGGAGGAUCAAAAGGCUAUCUCGCUUGUGUGGUCCCUGUUCUCCGCCGCCCCGGCCAAGCAGCGCACACUGAUGCUGCAAGGAAUUCUGGCACAGUGCUGCUUCCCUCAACUCUCCUAUAUUUCUGCCAGCGUCCGUGAACUGAUCCGAAUCGAUUUCCUUUCUGCAUUGCCCCCAGAGCUCUCUUUCAAAAUCUUGCGAUACCUGGACACGGCAUCAUUGUGCCGGGCUGCACAGGUCUCCCCGCGUUGGAAGGCCCUUGCAGACGACGAUGUGGUGUGGCACCGGAUGUGUGAGCAGCAUAUUCGUCGAAAGUGUAACAAGUGUGGUUGGGGUCUUCCUCUUCUGGAUCGCAAGCGUUUGCGCGAGGCGAAGCGUGAAAUUGAGUUGCGUGCCACCAACUGGGGAAACAACGAGCUUUCUGCGGCGCCUGCUGAGGGUGCUGUCACUGAGACUUGCUCUACCACGGCACCUGCAGUGAAUGGAAAGCGCAAGGUGGACGCCGAGGACGACGAAGCAGCUCUCGUUAAGCGCCAUUGCACACGUCUACCGUGA